AUGACGGUCGUGAGCGACCAUCAUUUGGACUCACACCCAGCAGAAGACCAGAAUGGGAGGACUGCAUCGCUCGUGACGGCCCCUACCUCGUCGGGCCAAGCACCAUCGUCUUCCGACAAUGCUGACGAUUUUCUCGCUCGGGCGCAGGCGCUGGGUCUUAGGCUCAGUCGCUCUGACUACGAACGCACACGAGCUGGCGUGACAGCUUUUUUGAAAGCCGAGCGAUUACCGCCUGCAUCUCCAUACAAGUCAGAGACGUCCGAUGAUAGGGCUUCUGGCUCUAUUGAGCAUGAGCAUGCGCGCGAUGUGGCACCGCAACUCGCUCGAUGGUUGCGUACCACAAGUGGACAGCUGAGCUUCUUCACGGCUGUCGUGCAUCCUACUCAGACAACGCAAACUAGUGAUGAGCACCGCACCAGACUGAGUCUCGACGAAGUCGGUAGUGCAGAAGAGAAGCGCCGUCGUCGAAUGCGGCGUCGUCGCUUGCUUGAAAAGCAUAUGCUUCAGGAAAGCGGUGCUCGGUCGCCCUCUGGCUCUGCCUCCAUAUCGGGAUCAGGCACAGCGCCCGUUCCCAUCGCUGGAUCUUCCGACGAUUCUGCGUCCAGAUCAAGAACUGGCUCUCCACAGAGGCCAGCUCGUGCAGGCUCGUCGUUCAGUCACGCACAACAGCACGCACACCAGCACCAGCACCAGCACGAGCCCCCUGUCUCACUGACCACCCAGCCGCUUGGACCUUCUCUGAACGAAGAUGGUCCGCGUGUGUCACCACCUGGCAGUCCGGAUGUGAAAAUUCUAAACCGCAUAGCUCGCGUUGAUCCUGCUGGAAAGCUGUGGCUUGCACCUCAAGAUCCGUCUCAUGAACUUUUGAGCGAAGACUCAUCUACACAUGCGUUUGACGAGCAGCAGAGUGUAGCUGAUACGUCUGAUGAUACUUCAUCCCAUGCUAUGCACAGUGGGGGGCAGCGCUCUUUCUCGCGCACGUCAUCUGGUACGACAGAGCAGUUGAAUGCGUGCAUGAAGAAUAUGAGUUUGUUGGACCGGAUUAUGAUGAGCAAGACCAGUCCACGUCGUAUGCGACGCGAAGCCAAAGCUCGCGAGCGGGAACGUACACAACAUGAAGCUAUCGCGGAAGCUAGUGGCGGUAAUCCAGGCGUAUCAAAUGUGCCAGGAUCGCACGAAGUAGAGCCGGCUCCCGACACCAGUCUGUCCAGCUGGGCCGACGUGUCGACAUUGGAUUCUCCUCCCUCCAAGUUACCGUGUACAUCUGAGCCGCAUCUUAUUGCUCCGACACCAACUACAUCAGCUGUAGCAUCCCGAGUGUCGCAUGCGCGGCAUACAAGUCUUUCAUCGUCCUCUUCGUCGUCGCUUCGUCGCUCGCACCAUCAUUUACAGACGCCUUCGCAUGAUCAUCGAUACGCCAGGGCAGACGCUCUUUGUGAAAUGUCGCCCGUCGUCUCCUUGACGCCUCUCUCUCGUUUCGAUCCCGGCACACAAAUCACUCCCAUGCGAUACUCACCUGGCGGUGGCGUUGACUACUCAUACUCUCGCUCGACGCUUGCAUUUUCUCCGCAUAUGCUCACGCCUUGGACGCACCAAGGUCGUCUCAUGUCCAAUGCAGGCUUGUCGAAUGUACCAAGCUCUCCAUUCGUUUCAGGUGAAUGGAGUUCCGCACAACCCAUGAUGUCAUCGUCUACAGCUACUCUCCGUGGCAACUUUGCCUUCUCGUCGACACCGCUGUCGCAUCUGCCCUCACAUGAUCCAGAUCUUAGUGUGCCUUUCGCGUCGUCUCCCUCGCGCCUGCAGUGUAUCGAGUCAUUCCCUGGUCGUUCGCCGCAAGGGCGCGACAUGAUGAUCUCACCGACAAGAAAGGCCCUCGUGUUGAGUCCUUUGGCCAGUAAGGGCCAUUCUCGUCCUGCUUCGCGCUCCCCAUUGGCCCGCAGGGCCAGUCCCACGACUCCCAUACCAGCUGCGAGCAGUUUGUCCCCUCUAUGGAGGCAGCUGUCUUCUAUGGAUGAGCGCUCACCGCGUCGGCGUACAGACACGAUCCGUCCCACUGAUGUUUUUAGCUCAGCAGUGCCUUCUAUGGCACAAUCGUCUGAGCCCUCCGGAUCAUCGCCCGCCAUCGUCUCAACAAGCACCCCUGUCAAGGCCCCACUCGAACGUUCCAGGUCGUCUCAGGCUGGAAUCGGAGCCGUAGUGACAGCCACAGUGCAAGCAUCACAGACGUCCGAGGCAUCGGACGCUUCCUUCCCUCAUAAUGAAUCCCCCAAAGCUGGCUCCGAUGAUGUGGCGGAUAUAUCGCAGGCUUCAGCCUCAUCUCCUGAACUGCGUACGCGGCAUGGCCUUCCUCGAGUACGACUUCCUCGGAGGAAGAGUGCUAGUUCUCGCUCGUCUACCGCUGCUUCGUCCAUGACACCGAUGCAUAGUGACGACGUAUUUGCGAAAGAUCGCACACCCAUGGAAGCUUCAUUCAAUGACGUGUUCUAUGAAGCUGUCUCAACAUCUGACCCCAGUAAGACAGAAUGGGACCUGCCUGAUGGUCGACGAAUCGUCAAGCUCGUGUCCGAAGAAUUGCAAGCUGCGCUGGACUCUGGGUCACUCAAGCAAGAGCCUAAGCCGCGCUACUUUUGCUUGCCGCCUGGUUAUGGCAAGUCGAGAACAAAGCCGUCGUCGGUAUCGUAUGCAGGGCUUAUUGGCCAAGCAAUUCUGUCAUCGUCGGAUGGACGUCUCAGUCUUGCGGAGAUUUACUUGUGGAUCAGCUCUGUGUACCCGUAUUAUGAGCGCGGCGACCGUGGAUGGCAAAACAGUAUUCGGCAUAAUCUAAGUCUGAAUAAAAGUUUCGUAAAGCUUGAGCGUGAACUGACCAUGCCUGGUAAGGGUGGCUGGUGGGCUAUUCAGCCUGGUCAUGAACACAGAUUCCAGCAAGGAAUGUAUCUUGCACAUGGAGGCCGAUUGGACACGGCCCCGACCCGCUCGUUCCGGCCCAGUCCUUCUGUUACUCUGUCAGACAUGGUGGAGGACAGCAACCGAAAGAAGCGUCUGCCAUUGGCACCCUGUGACACGAAUGUAAUGUCGUCAACCAAUACUAGAGACACGCCUAGACUUCCGACGGUGAAGCGACCCAAAACGGCACGUCCAACGAAAUUUAUUCCCACACGCUCGGGUGCGGAAGCUCAGCAACAGAUGCAACAACAGCCGCAGCAGCAACGCUCGGCUUCCGAGACCUCUUUUGUCAUGCGAGAUGGCAUGCAUACGCCUCUCGCUACGAGUCCCGCAAAUGAAAAGCUUGAUGCGGAUAGUUUCGAUACAUCUACGUCACGCUCGUUGCUCGCUACGCCGGGCAAUCCAGCUGCAACGGCCCCUCUGAUGUCUGUUUCGCAUGCGUUCCGAUCCAGUCCGUCCAUGCAGAUCCGUCACGCACCUAUGGCGCCGCCAAUGCCACUCAUGGGAAUGCCUACUGUCUCUAAUGCGCCAAACGAUCUGUAUGCUCGCACGUUUACAAACAUGCCCGAUUGUGGAAUGAUGUACAUGAAUCAAGAGAUGCCCUACGGCGAGUAUCCUGUCCCUAUGACGUCGUCACCUCAGAAACAAGCUCACUUUCAUCCUACUACCCUAAGUCAGCCGCCACCUAUGACUCCGAUGCACAUGCACAGUAUGCAACCACCUUUCACUCAUCUUCAAGCUCAUGUCCCCGUUGUUCCCGCUGGCUACACCCGGUACGUGCCUGACCAAGGUGGUGGUGGCAUUCCAUCAUCAUGGCCGGACGCCUUGCAAAUGGGUUUGAAAGGUGACGCAACUUGGUAA